GAUGUUCAUGCCCUGGCUGUAUUUCUCCGUCUCGUCUCGUCUCGUCUGCAAAUAUUAACUACAUGAAAAAUAUUCACCAAUUCAUUCAUUCAUAUGCCUUUGUUCCAGAAAAAUGUUGUGGGUUUUGAUAUGUCCUGUCCUGCUAUCGACACUUCAUAGUACAGCAAAUUCCAGCCCAUCCAGAGUAGUAUGUUACUUCAGCAACUGGGCUAUAUAUAGACCAGGAGUAGGAAAAUAUGGAAUUGAUGAUGUACCAGUUGAUCUUUGUACUCACAUAGUGUAUUCCUUCAUAGGAGUUGACGAUAGAACAUGGGGAGUGCUAGUUAUCGAUCCGGAGUUGGAUGUUGAAAAUAACGGGUUCCGGAACUUCACCAACAUCAAGAAAACCCACCCCAACGUGAAAUUAGAAGUGGCUGUGGGAGGAUGGGCAGAAGGAGGAUCCAAAUAUUCUGCAAUGGUUGCUGAUAAAUCUAGAAGAGACCUUUUCAUCAGCAGCGUUGUCAAUUUCAUGAUUGAAUAUGAUUUCGACGGUUUCGAUUUGGACUGGGAAUAUCCUGGAGCAGCGGAUCGUGGUGGAAGUUUUUCCGACAAGGACAAGUUCUUCUAUUUCGUCGAAGAAUUGAGAAGGGCAUUCGAUAAGGUCGGGAAGAAUUGGGAGAUAACUAUGGCAGUUCCUGUAGCCAAGUUCCGUCUUCAAGAAGGGUACCAUGUUCCAGAAUUGUGCGAAUUACUGGAUGCUAUCCAUGUUAUGUCGUAUGACUUGAGAGGAAAUUGGGCAGGAUUCGCAGAUUCCCACAGUCCACUCUACAAAAGACCUCAUGAUCAAUGGGCUUAUGAGAAACUGAACGUCAGAUUAUGGGACCAGGUUGUGAUACACAAUCAUUGUUGGAAUUAUUUUUUUCAGAUCUGCACAGAAGUUAUGAACAAAGACGCAGGUUGGACCAAAAAAUGGGAUGAACAAGGCAGAGUUCCUUACGCAUAUAAGGGAACCCAGUGGGUUGGAUAUGAAGAUCCCGAAUCUGUUCAAAUCAAAAUGGACUGGAUCAAAUCUAAAGGAUACGGAGGAGCAAUGACUUGGGCCAUCGAUAUGGACGACUUCCAUGGGCUAUGUGGACCAAAAAAUGUUCUUAUUCAUAUCUUGGAUGCCAAUAUGAAAUCUUACGAUGUUCCAGAACCAACGUUCACAACCACUCCUCGGCCUGAGUGGGCUAGACCUCCCAGCACUCCUUCAGCUGACGGAUCGAAGCCGAUUGUUACGACACCGAAGCCCGGACAAUGGGUUCCAGAUGCUCCCUCCAGUGCAUCUGUCGAAACUACCAAAAAACCAACAACUGCCGCAGUAACGAUCACCACUGCAGCCCCUGUUAGUUCUUCAGCAGCUCCCUCCACCAGCUCUCCGAACGAAAUAGAUUAUCCCAGCGAAUGCAAAGGAGAUUUCAUGCCUCAUGAAGACUGUGCUAAGUACUAUCGUUGUGUUCACGGAAAGCCAGUUGCCUUCGACUGCGAACCCGGAACAGUUUACCAAACGGCCAGCAAUGUCUGUGACUGGCCCGUAAAUGCUGACAGAGAAAAAUGUAGAGCCUGACGUGUUUCAAGAAUGAAGACUAUUUAUUUAUGUACGAAUUAAGUAAUAAAUUAUAAUUUUUGUAUAAA